UUUGUGAGAAGGUAGGCCUCCCACGGUUUUAGUAUCUCUGCUGCUCGUCCCCUGAAGCUAAAGUCAACAAGAGGGAAGAAGCAGAAGAAGAAGAAGAAGGUGAAUCAAUGAUGGCAAAACGCUACCCCUGGCACCAAGUUGCUGCUGUCUCUGGAGCUGUAGGUAUUGGGUUGGGAGCCUUUGGUACCCAUGUCUUCAAGCCCCAAAACCCUAUUUACAAAGAGGUUUGGCAAACGGCAUCCUUAUACCAUUUGGUUCAUACGGCAGCUUUGCUUGCUACCCCUGUUACCAAGCAUCCCAAUAUUUUUGGAGGUCUAGUGACAGCUGGAAUUCUCGCAUUUUCGGGAACGUGUUACACUGUGGCAUAUUUUGAAGACAGAAAGUACAAUUUCUUGGCACCAUUCGGCGGCCUUGCGUUUAUUGCCGCUUGGGGGAGCUUGCUUUUCUAAGGAUUUCAACUUCCUCAUACAGUGGUACAAAUUCAAAUUUAUGUGAAUAAAAUUGAAUCUUGAUGGAAACACUAGGAUUUUGCAGGUGUUACACUGUGGCAUAUUUUGAAGACAGAAAGUACAGUUUCUUGGCACCAUUCGGCGGCCUUGCGUUUAUUGCCGCUUGGGGGAGCUUGCUUUUUUAAGGAUUUCAACUUCCUCAUACAGUGGUACAAAUUCUGGUUUCUGGGUUGUGAAUUCAAUAAGACAACUAUGGUGGGAUCUUGGGGAAUUGUACCAAGAAUGCUUGUAUUUUUCGGAUUUGAGAUUUGAACAGUUGCUGGAAUUUCUUGUCAUGCAUCUCUUGUAAGAGUGUUCUUGUCAUUACAAGCUACUUCUCCUGUUUGUAUACAAUAAUCUUCUCAAAGAUGUCGAUGGAAUAUUUCAAAAUCUAAGUUUAUACCAUACUUUUGUGAA